UUUUUAAUCUGUGGACAAUAAGUAAGAGACAUCAGAGACAUCAGAGCGUCCAGACACACGACAUCUUCAUCAGAUCACUUCAUCAGAGGUCUGACCAUGAAGCCGGUAUUAGUCAUCCUGCUCCUGGCUCCCGUGUUGACCAGCUGCAUGGCUCUUGUCCUGCCGCUGGACUGCAGUGACAUCCACAAUAAUAACAACACCCGACCCAGCGGAGUGUACACCAUCUACCCCAUCGGAUCCAUGUCUGCUGUCCAGGUGUACUGUGACAUGGAUUCACUAGAAGGACGCUGGACGGUGUUCCAGAGGAGGGUGGACGGCUCGGUGAACUUCUACAGGCCCUGGGAUCAAUACAAGGUCGGCUUUGGUAGCGCUGCAGGAGAGUACUGGCUCGGUCUUGAGACUCUCUUCCACCUGACUCUGAGGAAAAAGUACGAGCUGCUGGUGGACAUGGAGGACUUCAGUGGAAACAGAGCGUCCGCUCGUUACUCCUCAUUCUCCAUCGACCCAGAGUCCUACGGAUACACACUGCAUGUGUCUGGAUUCACUGAUGGAGGGGCAGGAGACUCCCUGAGUAAUCACAACGGACAGAAGUUCUCCACCCUCGACAAAGACCAGGACAAUUAUGAGGGGAACUGUGCUAGAGAAUUCCUGGGGGCGUUCUGGUACAACGGCUGUCACACUGCAAACCCCAACGGGGUUUAUCGUUGGGGGGCUGACAGUACUCUCCAUGCUGUUGGAGUAGAGUGGGCUACUUGGAAGAGUAAUGAGUACUCCCUGAAGACCAUCAGCAUGAAGAUCCGUCCUGUGCAAUAGUUCAGGACCAACGUACAGCAGAACAUCAGCUGACGAUGAUCUAGAUGUGAUCACACAGUACCUUUAGAUGGAAACACGUGUUCAGUCUGAUAAAGUGAACGUUUUAAAGUCAGACCAACGUUUGGUGGAGGUUUGAAGCCCUGAUGUGAAUCAUUAUCUGCUGUUGACAAUAAACCAGAAGCUGUCUUCA